AUGCCCCCUCUUAACUUACGCCGCCCCGCCCCCAUCAAGGUGUUCUUCGACCUGCGGAUCGGCGAGGAGGAUGUGGGCCGCAUCGUCAUCGGGCUCUUUGGCAAGACGGUGCCCAAGACGGUGGAGAACUUUGUGGCGUUGGCCACCGGAGAGAAAGGAUUCGGCUUCAAGGGCAGCAAGUUCCACCGUGUGAUCAAAGACUUCAUGAUCCAGGGAGGAGACUUCACCCGUGGAGAUGGCACUGGAGGAAAAAGUAUCUAUGGAGACCGCUUCCCUGACGAGAACUUCAAGCUGAAGCACUACGGCCCUGGCUGGGUGAGCAUGGCCAAUGCUGGCAAGGACACCAACGGUUCCCAGUUCUUCAUCACCACGGUGAAGACACCGUGGCUGGACGGCAAGCACGUGGUGUUCGGCAAAGUGCUGGAGGGCAUGGACGUGGUGAGGAAGGUGGAGAACACUAAGACAGACAGCCGGGACAAGCCCCUGAAGGACGU